AUGCCAUCAUAUGCUUUGCUCUUUGCGCUGUACACGCCUGUUGGCCUCUACAAAUUCAUUUGGUGCCAAAAAAUGGCGACAGCACCACUCAACGUGCACAUGCAGAAUGGUUCUUCCAUCCCUAAUUGGAAUAGUGGGUUGGAAUCAUUAUCACAAAUCAAGGAGCGAGAGCACUGCGUCGGCGUAGCAAAGUGCUACGACAGGGACGGAGACAAAUGGAUGAGAACCAUAGCGCGGCAAAAGCUCGAACAUGUUCAGGUUGGUGAUGGUGUCAACCAUCACUCUGUGCAAGGCGAGGAUGUGUCCAUGCAUAUGAAAAUGAUCACAAGCAGAAAUGACAAAACUCAAUUGGCUCUUAGUCGACGCUCAUUGUGAAAAAGAAAGAAAAAAAGUAAUAAAUGUAGCAAAUGUGCAUUGAAUGAAUUACCAAAGCAACAGUCCCACAAUGGCAGGGAGACACAUGCUUCUAAUCUUUCAUCAUCUUUUCGUCCUUUGCCUUCAGUAAUUUAAAUGA